AUGGCAGUUGUGGGCCAUGUAAGUAUAUUAAUUUCAUUUUCACUUAAUUUCUUUUAUUUUAAUUUUGUUUUUAUUCUAUUAUUAUUUUUUAAAAUAAAUUUUAACAAAAAAAGAACAUUUUCUUAUGGCAGUCCUGGGCCACCAUAGAUAUCCCUGUGGAAGUAUAUAUUGGGGGAGACUACAAGGUAUUGUAAUUCAUGAGUACACUACUAGCUGUAAUUGGUCCUUAUUGUCAUAAAUAAAUAAUGAUAAAUAUGUUUUCUCAUUCCAGUUUCUUCUGUUGCUUGGUAUGAAAUCUGCAACUUCAGAUCAUGCAUGCAUUUGGUGCAAGAUCCACAAGAAUGCUAGGUAAAUAUAUGUAUAUACCGUAUAUUAUAUAUAUAUACACACUACUACUACUAAAUAUGUGUAAUGGUCCAGUAAUUAUAUAACUUUUACUUGUAGAAGUGAUAUGUCAAAGCCAAAGGAUUUUUAUUGGGAAAGUUUGGCGAGGUCAAUAACUGAGAUCCAGACACAUGCCAGAAGCAGUAAAUGUUCUUGUGCACACCAGCCUCUAAUUAAUAUUCCCCUUGAAAAUGUGGUCCUAGAUGAGCUCCAUUUAAUGCUUCGGAUAACAGGUGUGUGUACAUAUUGCAUGAGUAACAAAACGGUUUCAUUUAAGAAAUGUACGGAACAUCAUACUCUUUCUAUAUACACAAGAGUAAUACUCAUAUUUUUUUAUUUUACAGAUAAACUCACCACAAAUUUGGUGAUGGAAAUGCAGGAUUGGGAUCGGGAAGACAAUCUAAAUAAACGUCCAAUUGAUCGAACAAACAUGCACAUGGAUAGCCUCAUCAAGGCUAUAAAUAGUUGUGGAGUGUCAUUCAAUGUUUGGCAAAAGAUGGAUGGCAAUGGGAGAGAAAGUGGACUACUAGAUUUCACAAGCUUGAUGGGCUCCGACAAGAAGCUGUUGUUGCAAAAAUUGCCAAGCAAGCUUGAAAAUGUUGUCAAACCAGAGACUCUGGAAACUGUGAUUAAGCUAUGGAAGGUAUUAUUAGUAAUAUUUUUUCGAUACUUUCAAAUCAUUUAUACAUGGGCAGCCCCCACCCCCUCAUGCUAGGUUUUCGAUAAGUCGGGCACAUUGGGGAAAGUCUGGUAUUUGCUUCCACCUCCCUCCCGUACGCCCAUGUUGAUAACCGAUAAAAGGACCUUUUGUUAAUUAACCCAUUGAGUGGCAGCACUCUCCCCAGACGAGCCUGGCAUUAGACAGAGUAAAAUAAUAAAGUAGGGCGCAUCUGUGUGCAUUGCCACUGAAAGGGUUAAAGAGAUGUUAGGCCACACUAGCCCAUGUGAUCAAUGAUGACAGUGACUACCUCAGUUGUUUGGUUUUAGGACUUCUGUGAACUGUACAAGCUGUUACAGAUGCAAGAUCCAAGAUUGGAUAAAAUAUUGGAUUAUUUUAACAAGGUUAAAAUUGCAUAAAUAAAGGUUCUUUUGUAAUUAACCAGACUGUUAACUGUGUUUGUGUCUUGGUUAUUUAGGCCACCAGAUGGGUAAACCUUUUUACAUCUCUUGGUGGAAUACGUAAUGGCUAUGAAAUGGCAAGGGUUACGCCCUACGUGCACGCAAUGGUGUAUCAUGUGCCCAGAUUCCUUGAGAAACACCAAGGAAUAAAAAGAUUCACUGGACAAGGUAGAUAUUACUACUGAGGCUACCAAAUACACCACUGAUAUUCCCAAAACUAAAUGGCUAAUUAAUAUAAUCUUUUAGGUGUGGAGAAACUAAAUGAUGACUGCCGGAGAGUGCACCUUCAGAGAUCAAACAAAUGGGAUGCUGCCAAAGAUGUUUUGUUGGUCGGAAAACGUGUCAAGCACCUAGCAUUCCAAAGCUACUGGGAAACUGGGAUUUUGGAAUCCAGAACCAAAAGGCAAAGAAUUGGUAUUGUAAAUCCUGGGGAACCAAAUGCCACUGAUUUAGAUAGUUUGAGCCUCGAGGAAAUUUAA